GUGGCACGUGUCGGUGCCAGGGGUGCGCGUGGGGGGCUGCAGCUUAAGUAUUAUUGUAUUACCGCUAAACUCGUGCGUUUUGCUGCUGUGUGAGUGGCAAGGGAAAGCUUCAGAUCUUACAUCGACUUCUGGGAACGAAUCUGAGACGUCAUGUCAGGCCGCCCUCUGCUGGUGCUGACGCUGCCGUUGCUGACGGUGCUGGCGAUCUGCUUGUAUCUGCGGCGGCGCGCUCGACACGAGGACGAGCCGCCCGAGCCGCCGCCCGACGAGUCGGUCGAGUCGGCCGAGCUGGCUGACCAGGCGGACCAGGCGGACCAGGCCGAACAGCAGACGGAGCCGGCCGAGCAGGCCGAGCUGGCGGCCGCCCGUGACCUGGGUCAGGUCACUGCCUGGGUGCGCGACAACAUCGAGACGCGGCCAGAGCCGGCGCCACCGGCCGGCGAGCGGCAACAGGCGGCCAAGGAGUCGGCGCGUGAGCCGGAGCCGGCACGGGAGCCGGAGCCGGAGCCGGCACGGGAGCCGGCCCACGAGACAGCGCAGGAGACGGCCCACGAAGCAGCACAGGAGCCGGUACGCGAACAAGUCCAGGAGCCGGUGCAGGAGCCUGUCCAACUUUCCUGCCAACAGUCGGUACAGCAUUCGGCCGCGCCGGCCAAGACGCAGGUCACGACUGUGACGGCGCCGAGGCCCCAGACACCUGAGCCUGUUGCGGAGGAUGUGUGCGAAAAGAUCAUUGAGCGUGACACCGAGGCGCCCCCUCCGGCCGGGCCGGGGAGCCUGGGCCCGGGCGGCGAUACACUCCAGCAGAUCGAGGCUGCGGUCCGCCCGUCGGACGCGCCCGCGGACCCGGACUGCGUGGUGGGCGGCGCCCGGCCCAGACGGAGUGCGCCGGUCGAGGCGCCGGGCGAGUCGCUGCAGGCGUCGACGCCGGCGGCCGAGGCCGCAGAGGUGGACGCAGGGCAGCCGGCUGCAGCCGGGCCGGGCGUGGAGCCGGCGCCGGAGCCCACUCAAAACGGACACCAAGCCGAGACGGCGGCGGACAACGCCAGCGAGAACUCGAGCGACAGCGGCAAGGGAGGCAGCUCUGCGAGCCUGGAGCACGCGUCACCUUCCAACACGCCCGAGGCGGCGGCGCCACUGCAGACCACUGUCUACGACUUCCUGAUACCGCAGAAACUGUGCGGUCGUCUGAUCGGCAAGAACGGCACGUUCGUCAACCUGCUGAAGGCCAGGACGGGCGCCAACGUCAUCAUUCGGCUUCACCCGGUCAAGUCGUCCGUUAAGAUAUGUUCAGUCGACGGUACCCAGCCGGAGAUCGACGCCUGUCUGAAGAUGAUCCGCGAGAAGUUCCCGGUGGCCAAGUUUCCGACGAUGACGCUGGAGCGGCUGAACCGGCCGGCCGAGCAGGCCCUGGCCGUGCCCGAUAGCCAGCAGCUGCACCUGCCGCAGGCGGUCACCUGCGACGUACUGGUGUCGGCGGUGGUGAGCGCCGGCCAGCUGGUGCUGCAGCAACACACGCACCCGACGUUCCGCGGCCUGGAGCGGCUCGGCGCGCUCAUGAACGCCUGCUACGGCUCGGGCGAGACGACGCCCGAGCUGCCGCGGCCUGUGCUGGCCUCGUCCAUCUGCGCGGCGCCCGUGGCCGGCGGCUGGUACCGCGCCCAGGCCGUCGCCUACUACCCGGACUCGGACGAGCUGGACGUGCGCUUCAUGGACUACGGCGGCUACAGUCGGCUGGAGGCGUGCCACGUGCGCCAGAUCCGCACCGACUUCAUGUCGCUGCCCUUCCAGGCCGAGGAGUGUUACCUGGCCAACGUGAUGCCGCUCACUGACGACGGCUGGAGCGUGGAGGCCGGCGCCGUGCUGGAGAGUCUGAUCGCCGACAGAGCGCUCGAGGCCAUGGUGGUGGGCUACGCCGAGGACGGUACCCCGUUCGUCAACCUGUACACCAUCCAGGUCACCGAGUACCGCAACUCGGCUAUCUCGCUGGUCAACCAGCAGCUGGUGGAGAGCGGCGCCGCGCGCUGGUUCGAUAACCAGGCGUAA